AGGGGCGUGGCUUGCGUCUCAGUCCUGGCACCAGUUUGCUCUGCAAGCACCGAAAGGUGGAGAGAUUUUCCCCAUCACACACUCUUACUGUCAAACACACACGUUCAGCGAGAGACUCGGGACGCAUCCACACGUAACGGGACUAUGGACCUGAGCCUGCGAGAUGCUCUGGGUGGGGGUGGCGGUGGCGUCCAAGGUGGGGCCCCUGGUGAUGCCCUUUUGAAGAGAGACUUUGUGGCUUCACUGGAGAAAGAGAGCUACGAUGACAAAGUUGGGGAGACGGUCUCCAAGAGUGACUACCGACCCUUACUGGAUGGAAAGGACACCAAGAGCGGUCCAGGGAUGAUGUCAUCAAUGAUGUCAUCAGGAGGACGUCAAGACCCACCAGGACAGCCUGCCUUCAGCUCUGACUACCUGUCUGGUCCUAUGCGUGGGAUGACAGAUCAGUGGAGCCUGAACAAGACAAAGGACAGCAGCAAGCCUGACUCAUUUCUAGUGCCGCCCUUCCAGACCAGUAUGGGCACUUCUCUAUUCCAGACUGGAAUGAGUCCAGCUAUGGACACCCAGAAAAGUUCAAGCCAUUUUGGUGUGGAAAGCAAAACCAUCAGUAACACCAGUGGGAGCAGUCCCUUUAAAAGCAGCGAUCCAUUUUCUUCCGGUGGCAUGGGAAUCCAUUCCAUGAAUCACUCUGCAGCUCCCAUCCUCUCUCCCAGCGGCUCAGUGGAUGACAGCAGUGCUACAUCCUCCAACUCUGAACCCCUCAGCCCUGACAGAGCAGGGCCGGGGAACGAAGCCGGCAAGCAGCAGCAGCGGCGACGGAAGAAGAAGAGGAAGGGCCGUGAUGAGGUCUACGACUUCUUGGAUAGCCAGGAGAAUAACAUCAGCGGGAUGCAGGAUAAAGGCAGAGGGGAGGUGGAGGAGGACGAAGAUGAGGAGGAGAACUGGGAGUGGGAGAUCAGAGAGAGUGGAGGAGGGGGUAGGGUAAAAGGCAGAAAGACUAAGAGUCGGGCAAGACUUCCAGAGGAGUGGGGAGCUCCACAGCAGCCUGUCUCUCCCACACCAGCUACAGUUGCCCCUAAGUGGGCUGCAGGUGCUGACAUUGGCUCUAGUGACCCCAAAGCUCCGAACUCCAUCCCCAGCCCCACUCUACCCUCUGCCCCUGAACAGAUACCCACAAGUUUUACCAACUGUUCCCAUGUUGGCCAAGUAUCAGAUUUGUCUUCGCGCUCCUACGAGCCUAUGUGUUUAGAUGACUUUUCUGUGUCUGUUAAAAAUGGGCAAAAGCCCAUUGAAGAGAGAAUGUCAGCCAAACCUGAAAACCAUAUUAGCACAGCUGCUAGUACAGUCACCAAGAAUAGUUUAGCUGGGGAUGUCAGCGGUAGCCUAGCACUAAUGACAGGGGACAACCUAAGCCCUGUCUCCCAGACCUUCUCUUUCCUUGAUUCAGUUCUCCAGACCCCACCGGGUUCCACUCCCGACUCCCAGACAACCACCCCCAUCACCAACACAGCCUCCCUUGCUCCUGCUUCCCUCACAAAGUCAACCCCAGUAGAAACCACUGUCCCUGCUUCACAAGCCGCUUCUGAUUUCAACCCUUUCAAGAGCACUUCAGACCUCCCCCCCACUGUGUCCACCAGUCCAUCACCUUUAACUUCAGCAGAAACAUACCCUUCAGCAGCCAUAGCUGGAUCGGCCCUCAACGUCGAUGCCAAGCCUUUCAUCCCCUCAGCCACACUAAUGUCCUGCACAGCUACCCCCAGUAAUUCGGAGGCCACUCCUGUUGUUAGAACAGCAGCAGUGGCCUCCACGGGAACCGCCGGUCCUGCAUCCUCUACCACUUCAGCCACACCUCUUAAUUCCUCAGCUGCUUCCUGUAAGAAAGAAGCCACCCCUGCAUCGUCAUCACCAGACACUCCCCCCAAAUGCGUACCAGUGUCCCUUAGCUCAGCCACACCCCCUCCUCCCAUCACCCAAGCAGCCCCUCCCUCUCUCCCUGCACACUCAGACCACCAGGAGUCCUCGUCGCCACAGCUCCCCCCAUUGGAAGUUAAAUCUGACAACAAGGACAAGCAGGAGAAGACAGACAUCGUGUCUGGGAAAACAGACAAGAUUGACAACUUUGACAAGAAGGAAGAACAGCAGAAGGACUACGGCCCAGACAAGAACCAGAAGUCUGAGAAGAUAAUCAAAAACGAGGAGAAGCUAGAGAAGAUGAACGCGGAGAAAAACAACAAGGCCAAUGAGAAGGCGGAAAAGGUGGACAAGCCGGAGAAGACCAACAAGGAUGAGAAGAAGGAGGAGAAGGGAGUGAAAGGGACGGCCAAGUCUCCCACAGGGAAUGGUAGCAAGACCCUGGCGAGCCCUGACAGCAAGAGCAAGCCUAAUGCAGGUUCCACCAAACCAGAUUCUGCCAAAUCACGCCCAUCCACUCUCUCCACAAAUGGCGAGGCCAACUCGGCCAAACGCCCCUCCCCCACCACUGCUUCAGCCAAUAAAAAAAGCCCUGUACCCAAGGCAACUACACCUACUGCUGCCAAGCGGCCGCCAACAGCAACUAGCUCUGCUAAGGCUGCCAAGACUCCAGAAAAUGGGGAAAAACGUCCACCUGUGCCAAAGGCCACGCCCGCUCCCCGUACAACUGCCAGUAAGAAUGGCUCCUCUGCAACUGCUGCAGGCAAGACUGCAGCCAACAAGAACGACAAAACUGAGAACAAGACCAGUGAGGCCAAGAAACCCAAGACUACACCCCGUCCUCGCCCAGCCUCAACCGCCGCUCCUGCUACUCCGGCUGCUUCCACCAAUGGAGAAUCCAGUGCCACUCACCGCCGUCGGGUCAUCACCAAACCCCCUGUGCCCAAGCAGACUCCCCUGGAUAAGAAACCAGCUGUUCCCCGUGCUCCCCGCACCCCCCGACCCAUCAAUGCUCCGACACCAGAUCUAAAGAACGUCCGUUCCAAGAUUGGUUCUAUUGACAACAUCAAGUACCAGCCUGGCGGAGGAAAGGUCUCUUCCACCCCGAACAACAAGACAUCAGACCCCUCCACCCCUGCUGCCAAGGCCAGAGUUCAGAUAGUGCACAAAAAGCUGGACUUCAGCCACGUCACUUCUCGCUGUGGCUCCAAGGACAAUAUCAAACAUGUCCCUGGAGGUGGCAAUGUGCAGAUCCUGAAUAAGAAGGUUGAUGUGAGCAAGGUAACAUCCAAAUGUGGCUCCAAGGACAACAUCAAACACAAGCCAGGUGGUGGUGAUGUGAAGAUUGAGUCCCAUAAGCUAAACAUUAAGGCUAAGGCUAAGAUUGGAUCCAUGGACAACGUGGGGGCAGGAAAUGGACAGACCAAUGGACAAAAGGAAGAGAAAACUGAGCAGAAAACAUCAUCACCCCCAAGUGGCACUCAGACAACAGCACCUGGAGGUGUUGCUAAGGAGAACAGCAUGAAGGAAACCACACCCACUCCUUUUGGGGGAGAUGGACUGAGGGAGCCCCUCAGUGCAGAGAAAUGCAUCACUGAGACAAACUGAGUCCCAAUGACCCGCAGACCAACCAACUACCACGGCGCAGUCACUUUCCUCUGAUCCCGCCCUUCAUCUUGCCCACCGCAGCACCGAACUGACCGAUCGCCUCUCUCAGUGUUUCUCUGGGAUCUGCCUGCCAGCUUCCUGCUACCAACUCUGACCUUUGGCCCCUUGUCACCCUUGGGUUGCCCCACCUACCACAGAGAAAAGUAAUUGCUGUUUGUCCAUGUUUCUCUGUGCAGGUUUCCACCAGCUUCUCCACUGAUGCCAUUUCCUUGCAAGCACUGACUAAGGUCAUUCCAACCUUAAAGCCCAAAUGUAACAACCCCAAAGCAAUAAUCCCACAAUCAAUCAAUCAAUGCUCUAUUAAGUAUCUUGACCAUAGCCACUUUUUCUUAUAGAAUGUUCACCUUACUAGUGAAAACAGUUGCCUCACAUCACAGUAAUGGAGCUUUGUUCUAGACCCUCUGGCAGGAUUUGACAUUUAAAAACCAAACUAACAAAAACAGCACCAUUCGUAGGUCAUCUGACGUCUCAUUACAGGUCAGUCUACAAUUCAUCACACGUUACUUCUCUUGGUAUCAGUGCACCAGUUUGUCUCUACACAAUAAUGAUUCCUUGAAUUUUAAUAUUAUGAUGUUUGUAGUCGUGGCUGCAAAGAGCACAAAAUGAAUCUGGUCUCGAGCGGCUAUGAAGAGAGAUGUCUGGAAGCAAAUCUGAAGACCAGUGCAAUAGCUUCUCAAAAGUCAGAUGGUUUUAGUUCAAUUGGAAUCGUUCAGCGAUGUAACUCGUGCAUUAUGAAGGCAGCAAGAGGGAGGAUACAGGAGCUCUGCUGAUACUCUGGGUGGUUUUGGCUCAAAGAGGAUUUGGCACAAAAAAAUCUGUUUGAUCUCAGAGCCAAGUGUUUCUAAAGUUAAGAUCUCUCUAAUUGACCUUGAAGGAGUGAAUAUAAAUUCCAGCUGAAUGAGUGAUAUUGAAGGAUGGUAAUAAACCUUGAAAUUAAACAGAGUGGCACAGAACACACGCACUCUAUAAUGUAAUGUAGCACUUAUGGUGGACAGUGUCAAUCACAGUGUCACAGGAUUCUUCAUAAACAUUCAGUCACACCAGCACAUUAAAUGUCUCCAUUUCAGAGUCAUUAUAGUGUAGAUCUGUGGAAUCUGUGUGAUGGUCUAUGGUUGGCAUGUCCAUACAGGCCAAAUGGUUCCUUGCAAAUUUUCACUGCUGACUAAUAGUAAGCCGUCUUGACAAUGCUGAGAGAACAAAGCAGUUUUCAACUGAGGAAGCUAUUGUAGGGAUCCAGCUGUUUUUCAACAUCAGCUUUUAUUUCACCUCGGUACGCUCUGAGGCUUUUUUUUUCCUUUUCUUAGUACUUGAUUGAAAUUAUAGGGCACAAUCUGUGGCACAGUAUAAAAAAAUGUAGAAGCUCAGAGAGCUGUUGUGAUGACUAACUCUACAGCAUGCUUUCUGCUUGCUAUAUUCCAAGCCACCUGUAGUAUUAAGUCAUUGGAAUUUGUUAACAUUUGUUCAUAUAUCAGGAUAUACUAACAAAAACUUCUGCUUUAGAUAAAUGAGUACAAUUCUUUUUCUUUCUCUGUUACUUACUGUCCACAUUCUCCAGAGGAAGUUGAAUACUUUGAUUUGCAACUUCUUUUCCCAAAAAAGGCAGACGACUUUGUAGAUCAUUAAAAUGUCGUUUGUUGUUAAAAUGUUCAUUUGAAAGCAUAUUGUUGAGAUAUUCACUCAAGCUGAACUAGGGUUUAAUGAGUCACUGUUAGCUUUAUUUAACCAGGAGAUCAGUUAAGAACACUUUGGGUAAAGGCAUUUAAAGGGUAAAAGAACAUUUCUACACACCUGAAGCCAUUUCUACACGCUCACUGGUGAAACACUGCCCCAUAGUGGCAGAAGUUUUACUUACAUUUUUCAACAAUUACAAAAAAUUCCUUAAGGUGAUCCAACUUUUUUUGAAAAAUCCUGCUGA